AUGCGCGUGUUAGAUUUUACAUUUAAGAUAUUAAUGAUUUGCGGAUGUUGGAUACCGAAUUCCUGGACGACGCCGUACAAACGAUUGGUUUAUCAUGUGUACACAAUUUUCAUAAUGCUACUGAUACACACGUUCAUGCUGUCGCAAUUGAUGGAUCUAAUUUUGACCGUGGACAAUGCCGACGAUUUCACCGAUAAUUUCUACAUGCUUUUGGCCAUGAUCGUCUCCUGCUGUAAGAUGUUCACCCUGCUGUUGAACCGCAAUAACAUUGCGAUGCUGAUCGAUAUUCUCGUAAAGAAACCGUGCAAACCGGUCCAGUCUGACGAAGUCGAGAUUCAACAGAAAUUCGAUAAACUUAUACAGACAAACACACUUUACUAUGCAAUUUGGGUCGAGACAACGUGUGUGUGCAUUGCCGUGACAUCGUUGCUGACAGAAUUCGGUAAAGGAAGAUUGACAUUCAGGGCAUGGUUGCCAUUCAACUACACGUCGCCGUCACUGUUUCGCAUUGUAUACAUACACCAGCUGAUAAGUCUAACAGCCGGAUCUGUUCUCCAUGUGGCUUGUGACGGUUUGAUAUGUGGUCUGCUGGUGCACGUUUGCUGUCAAAUUGAAAUAAUGGAAUGCCGUUUGAGAAAAGUCGCACACAACCCAGAGAUUCUUCACAAAUCCGUUCUUCAACACAAUCGAGUAUUCAAUUUCGCUCGUUUGGUGAAUGAAAAAUUUAGACUGACUAUCGUCAUACAGUUUGUUGUGAGUACAUUGGUAAUGUGUUUUAAUCUGUAUCAAUUUACCAAAUCAACCGCAUUAAAAGCGAAAUAUAUGCAGUUAAUAAUGUAUAUGGGUUGCAUGCUGUCGCAAAUUUUAUAUUGUUGGUAUGGGAACGAAGUUAAGUUGAAGAGUCGACAACUGGUCAAUAGCAUAUUUGAAAUGGAAUGGUUUCAUCUGGACAAUUAUACUAAAACUUUAUUAAUGAUCAUGACACGUGGUGCAAUACCAAUCGAACUUACUAGUGCUUACGUUAUUUCUAUGAAUCUUGAUUCAUUUGUGAGCUUACUUAAGACAUCGUAUUCAGCUUAUAACAUACUUCAGCAAAUAAUGCGCAUAUUGGAAUUUACACUUAUAAUAAUGACGAUCUGCGGCUGCAGGCGACCGGAUUCCUGGACAACGCCGUACAAACGGUUAGUCUAUCACGUUUACACAAUUUUGAUAAUGCUACUGAUACACACGUUUAUGCUAUCGCAAUUGUUGGAUCUGAUUCUGACUGUCGACAAUUCCGACGAUUUCACCGAUAAUUUCUACAUGCUACUCGCCAUGAUUGUUUCCUGCUGCAAGAUGUUCGCUCUGUUAUUGAAUGGCAACAAUAUUAAGAUAUUAAUCAAUACUCUUACGAGAAAACCGCUUAAGCCGGUUGAAUCUGACGAGCUGGAGAUUCGACAGAAAUACGAGAGAUUCAUACAAUCAAAUACGCUUCAUUACGUUAUUCUGGUCCAGACAACGUGUCUAUGCGUUUCCAUAACGUCAUUAUUGACAGAAUUUAAGAAAAGCAAAUUGACAUUUCGAGCAUGGUUACCAUUCAACUAUUCGUCGCCGCCAAUAUUUUUCUUUGUGUACUUUCAUCAAUUGCUAGGUUUUACAGUCGGAUCUGUUCAUCAUAUAGCUUGUGAUAGUCUCAUAUGCGGAUUAUUGAUACACAUUUGCUGUCAAUUAGAUAUAUUGGAAUGUCGUAUAAGAAAAGGCACACGUAAUCCGAAAACUCUUCACAAGUGUGUUAUUCAUCACAAUUAUAUAAUCAAGUUUGCUCGUGUGGUAAAUAAUACAUUCAGGAGGACGAUAUUUAUUCAAUUUGUUGUAAGUACGCUGGUAAUGUGUUUCAAUCUGUUUCAAUUUACCAAGUCAACCGCGUUAAGAGCAAAAUAUGUGCAAUUAAUACUGUAUACGUGCUGCAUGCUGUCGCAAAUCUUUUUUUAUUGCUGGUGCGGGAACGAAGUUAAGUUGAGGAGUCGACAAUUGGUGGAUAAUGUAUUCGAGAUGGAGUGGUUCGAACUUAAUGAAGAUGCCAAAAAAGUUCUAUUACUGAUUAUGAAACGCGGUGCAAUACCAAUCGAAUUUAGCAGUGCCGCUGUUAUUUCUAUGAACCUUGAUUCAUUUGUGGGUUUACUCAAAACAUCGUAUUCGGCUUACAAUAUACUUCAACAAACGCAAGCCUCAUAA